GGACACUCCAGAUCAGGGCUUUGUGAUGGACACUCCAGAUCAGGGCUUUGUGAUGGACACUCCAGGUCAGGGCUUUGUGAUGGACACUCCAGGUCAGGGCUUUGUGAUGGACACUCCAGGUCAGGGCUUUGUGAUGGACACUCCAGGUCAGGGCUUUGUGAUGGACACUCCAGGUCAGGGCUUUGUGAUGGACACUCCAGGUCAGGGCUUUGUGAUGGACACUCCAGGUCAGGGCUUUGUGAUGGACACUCCACUCCAGGUCAGGGCUUUGUGAUGGACACUCCAGGUCAGGGCUUUGUGAUGGACACUCCACUCCAGGUCAGGGCUUUGUGAUGGACACUCCAGGUCAGGGCUUUGUGAUGGACACUCCAGGUCAGGGCUUUGUGAUGGACACUCCAGGUCAGGGCUUUGUGAUGGACACUCCACUCCAGGUCAGGGCUUUGUGAUGGACACUCCACUCCAGGUCAGGGCAUAACAGGUAUUAUGGAAAUUUAAAACUUGCACAAGACAGUUCACAGAAUUGCAGGAAAUAAACUUUAAAACAGAUGUUUUUUUCUCUCCAACGUCAGGAGGGGGGGGCACUAAAAUAUUUUGCAGUGAGGUAGUGGGGCCCCCAAAAGGCUACUACCGGCCCUGGAGAGAGAUCUGGAUACAAUGCAGCAAGAUAAUAAACUAACGAAGCAGCUGGAAGAAAUACUGGCGGCCAUGACAGAAACCAAACGUGAGUUGGCUUGGGGGUGUGGUUUUGACGUCCUUGCCACCACCAAGACACACCCACCUGUCAGAACCUUGCCUGACGCUGUUUCCUCCCCACUCAUUCACAACAACAAACCUGUAGAUUCAGUUCAAUAACUACAGACAGAUGUAUGGUGAGAUGCCAGAGGAAGCUUUGACUUGGUCAGUAGUCUACAGUGUAAUAUGAGAAGAAUGCAAUUGUUGAAUUUAUGUAGAUAUUCUAAACUAAGUGUUUUGAUAACUUUCAAUUGUAGUAACAGCUCCAUGUAGAAUAAACAAGCCUUUACA